AUUUUCUUUACGAAAUCUCGGUUAGCCCCUCUCUUGCCAAGUCCUAGUCUCUCUCUCUCUCUCUCUCUCUCUCUCUCUCUCUCUCUCUCUCUCUCUCAUAAGAUUUAAGGUUAGGUGGGUGAUCAAGAAGUCAUAUUAGGCCAGGCACGGUAGAGACAGAGAGGGCCGGAGAAAUGGAAAUAACAAUGGCAAGAAGAGCUCUGAUGCUAUCAAUUGUGAUACUAGUAGGUUUGGUGAGUCUCAUCGUCGGAAAUAUCUCCGGCCGGAAUUUGUCGCCGGUGGGUCAGUUUCCCAGCGGUUUCUACCGUGACCACGUGCGAAAAAUGCAAUCACUUGUUCGGCAUGACUCUGUUUCUCUGCCACCGACCUCUGUCUCUCCCUCUCCUAGCUUAGCUACAUCUGCGUCUCCGUCUCCGUCGGAAAACCCAAGUUCACGUCGUGUGUAUCACGUGACCUCGUAUGGAGCAGACCCAACGGGCAAAACAGACAGCAUAGAUGCACUAAUUGGAGCAUUAUCGGAUGCAUUUAAUCAAGAUUUAAGUGAUGGGUUCUUGAUGAACGGAAUUGUUAAUCUCGGUGGCGCAGAGAUUGAUUUGGAAGGAGGAACUUACUCCAUCAGCCGUCCCCUCCGCCUUCCCAUCACCGGUCGAGGUAACUUCAAGAUACAAGGAGGGACACUGAAAGCCUCAGAUAAUUUUCCGACAGAUGGCUAUCUGAUCGAUAUCUCCUCGGCUCCUGCCCACGACAAGGAAUACGACUUCGAGUACAUAACGCUGAGGGACCUCAUGUUGGACUCCAAUUUCACGGGUGGUGGAAUUCAAGUCAUCAAUUCACUUAGGACCACCAUUGAUAACUGUUACAUUGCCCAUUUCAACACAAACGGGAUUUUAGUCCAAGGCGGCCAUGAGACCUAUAUACGGAACUCAUUUUUAGGGCAACACAUUACCGCCGGAAGUGAUCCCGGAGAGAGAAACUUCUCAGGCACCGGCAUCAACCUCAUGAGUAAUGACAAUGCUAUCACGGAUGUGGUCAUCUUUUCAGCUGGAAUAGGGAUAAUGGUUUCGGGUCAGGCCAAUACCCUUUCCGGUGUCCAUUGCUACAACAAGGCUACCGGAUUUGGUGGUACCGGGAUUUACCUCAAGUUACCGGGCUUGACCCAAACCCGGAUUGUCAACUGUUAUUUGGACUACACGGGUAUUGUCGCCGAAGACCCUGUCCAACUCCACAUCUCAAGUAGUUUCUUCCUUGGGGAUGCAUUCAUUCUUCUCAAAUCCAUUCACGGUGUUGUAAAUGGUGUCAGUAUCGUCGAUAACAUGUUCAGUGGAUUCGGAAAAGGGAUCGAGAUCGUUCAGUUGGAUCAGAGUAAUGGACCUUUUAGAAAAGUUGAUCAAGUUGUUGUUGAUAGAAACGUCGUGAACGGGAUGAACAUUAAAUCAACGAUAGCCAAAGGAACAGUGCAAGGAAACGGGAGCUCGUGGACCGUUGAUUUUAAUCCGACUUUAUUAUUUCCUAACCUUAUAAAGAACGUACAAUACUCGCUAAGCACACCCGGAAGCUCGUUCCCUAACCAUGCCUUGCGUAAUACGUCUAAUAACCGAGUUGUGAUUGAAACGGAUGUGUCUAUUUCAGCAAAGUUGUUAAUCAUCGUAGAUCAAGGGGUUUAGUACUAGACUAGAGAUUAACCUACUUUGGGUUUUAAUUGAUCGUAAUUUUGACUAAAUGUACAUGGUGGAAAAUUGUUAUCUAUGCCAUUGUCGGGUAUAAUUACUAUUUUUUUUUUUAUUAAUGAAAUUUCAAAUUCAAAUCAAUGUAACCCAAAGGGGUGCUCAAACAGUCAAACCUUCAAAUAGGAAAAGUAUCUGAGUUCAGUUUCAAGUUGUAUUGUAAUUUUCUUGUUGCGCUCAUGGAAUUUUAGACUCAUGUUGAAUAAGAUUGUACUAAUGUUUAUAACUUGGUCAG